AUCACCAAUUCCUUCUGCAAAAGCAGCCUCUGCAUUUUUGUCUGUCUGAAUGCUACAGUAGCACGGGGGGAAAAAGAUUGAGGAUAAGGAAAAAACUGAAGAAAUGUGAGAAUUGAACGGUCAUUUUCAUGGCGAAGGGAAAACUGGUGCGAAAGGAGUUAUUCUGGGACUCCUUUGAGCCUCGAAACGCUGGAUCAAAAUGCUCAUAGUGGAGAAGACCACAGACUUCCCCUCUGCUGAGUUCUCUCUGGUGGAGGAUGUGGCUCUGCACUUCACCUGUUUGAUGGACAGGCUGAACGAGCAGCGCCUCUUCCAGCCUGACCUUUGUGACGUUGACAUCGUUUUGGUGCGUCAGCACAGCACCUUUCCAGCCCACAAAGGCGUGUUAGCAGCUUACAGUCCAUUCUUCCACUCCCUUUUUGCCCAAAGCAAACAGCUGCGACGGGUGGACCUGUCUCUGGACGCCCUGACCUCACAGGGCCUGCAGCAAAUCCUCAACUUCAUCUACACCUCCAAACUACUGGUGAGCAGCCGCACUGUCCGCGACGUGCUCAACGCAGCUACCGUGCUCCAGAUGAGUGACAUAGCAGCUUCCUGUCGUGACCUCAUCAGCAGCCACUCACUCAGAACCACCUGCUCAGAUAUGGCCAAUCAGGAAAGCCUCAGCAGUGGUGACCCAGCUGCUGUAGCCAUGACCCCUAGUCAGCUCUACCGGGAGAUCAAACAGGAGGCAGAGCUAGGCAGGGUGUACACUCGGGAGGGCAGCAGCCCAUUCUCUGUUCGAGUAGAGGAGGCGGGCAAAACGGCCUCCCAGCCAAAGCAGUACUAUCAGAAGGAAGAGGGGUCAGGGGGUGGGACCGGUGCAGGUGUAGCGGCUCUGUGCAAAGUUGAGGGUAAUGGGGAGGAGUCAAAGACAGAUGGCCACACCUCCUUCAACAGGGAUCAGAUCAUUGUUGAAGUCAACCUCAACAACCAGACCCUUAAUGUGUCGAAAGGAUCAGAGGGCAAAUCAUCCACCACAGAGACAACCACGAUAUUUGGUCGCUGCCAUGAUGACGACAGAGAUUCAGACGAUGAAGGUGAGAAUGAGGCAGAGAAUGAUGAUGCAGAUGGAGAAGAGGAUGAUGAUGAUAUUAAAAGGGGGGACAUACUAGGGCAAAGCAGUGACGAGGAAGAUGAGGAAGAGGAUGAAGAAGAAGAGGAAAACACCCUUAACAUUCCAGGCUUGGAGCAGCCAUCAAUUUUGGAUCGACCUCGCCGGGGAACCAGACCCUUACCCAUGGUGGGCACCACGGCCUCCAUGCGGCAGACGCUUGCAGAGGCCACAUUGGCAAACCAGCGGCAGAGCGGGAAGAUGAUUCUGGACGUAGAGGGCCUGGGUCAGAAGGUGAGGCUGGAGGAGAAGCAACAUUUCCCCUGUAAGAAAUGCCCACGCGUCUUCAACAACCGCUGGUACCUGGAGAAACAUAUGAACGUCACUCACAACCGCAUGCAGAUAUGUAACAACUGUGGGAAACGCUUCCUGCUGGAAAGUGAAUUGCUGUUGCACCAACAAACCGACUGUGAGAAGAGCAUCCAGUGUGUAACAUGUGGUAAGGCCUUCAAGAAGCUGUGGUCGUUACAUGAGCAUAACAAGAUCGUCCAUGGCUACGCUGAGAAGAAGUUCUCGUGUGAGAUCUGCGAGAAGAAGUUCUACACCAUGGCUCAUGUCAGGAAGCACAUGGUCGCCCACACGAAGGACAUGCCUUUCACCUGUGAGACGUGUGGGAAGUCGUUCAAGCGUAGCAUGUCCCUGAAGGUUCACUCCCUGCAGCAUUCGGGAGAGAAACCCUUCAAGUGUGAGAACUGUAGUGAGCGCUUCCAGUAUAAAUACCAGCUGCGUUCUCACAUGAGCAUCCACAUCGGACACAAGCAGUUCAUGUGCCAGUGGUGUGGAAAGGACUUCAACAUGAAACAGUACUUUGAUGAACACAUGAAGACACACACUGGAGAGAAGCCGUACAUCUGUGAGAUCUGUGGGAAAAGCUUCACCAGCCGGCCCAACAUGAAGCGCCACCGCCGCACCCACACUGGAGAGAAGCCCUACCCCUGCGAGGUGUGUGGCCAGCGCUUCCGCUUCUCCAACAUGCUCAAAGCCCACAGGGAGAAAUGCUUCCGUGUCAGUGGAGCCAUGGUUACCGACGGCAACGACCCCCUCGGCCUCGACCAGCCCCUCUCCUCACCUGCUGUGGACUCUUCUGGUCAGGUCCAGCUUGGGACGACGCUCCCUGCUACGUCUGCAACCACACCCGCUGCUCCCUCUAGCCCACACCCCCUCCACGGCACCCAGAUGUCCCUCCCCCUGCUGCACUCCAUGGGGGGACUGCCUCCUGCCGUGCAUUUACCCCCACCACCUCCACUGUUCUCUGCCGGUAGGAUGAACUCCAACAACUAACAGAUCUCUGUAGCAUCAAAAGCACUUUCUUACUUUUUGUUUUCUUUUGAGCUUAAACUGUUAAGGCGAACAUUUGCAGAGAGGUUAAAACUGUAUGAAGGCAACACGGAGGCCUCAUUAAAACACAUGCAUCCACCACAAUAAGAAAUAGUAAUUUUUUACUCUGUGAAUACAAUAGAUAACCUCAGAGUCCGCUUGGACGUGUCGUCACUACACUUCUCCUCAUGAAUUUCACAACUCUGUUCUGGUUUUAUUUGGGAUUCUCCAAUGCCACACACAUCUCCAGAGCCUUGCACAAUGCAUUGAUUGUAGCAUCUUUUUAAAGUGGGAGGAACACUCUUUCUAAAUCAUACCAGUCAUCAGUCAAGUGAGAACCACACUAUGAUGAGAAAAAAAAAAAACAGAUUUAUUUUUGAUUGUUCUCUGCCCAGAUGUAGCGAGUGGUUCAGAUAUGACCCAGCAAUAACCAAAUGCUGAUUUGUCUUUGAGUAUAUACAUGUAUAUGGCAUUGCCAGUAACCAAAUCCUGUUAGCUCACCUUCUAUAGUUAGAUAAUGUUAUACAGCAUUUAUAAUCAACCCUGCACCUUACAUUUAACUCUAGUGAUAUUUAAAAUGUAUUCCUACAUGUCUUCAUUUUUAUAAUUGUGACUGUGUGUAUUUUGUGGCACGUUACAUCAUUUAUAAGGACAAAAGAGAAGUUGUGACCCGUGGAGAGUCGGCAGUGCAAUGGUGUGGUGUGUAUGUGUAAUGUUUGUGAUGGUGUGUGUGUGAAAUGAAUCAGUCUGGUGCUGAUGGAGAUGAGAUCUACACUCAGCCAACCAACGCUCGAGCUUCCCUAAGUUGAGGAGAUGGAGUAAAUUGUUGACUCAUCUUUUGCUUACAUUAAGCAAGUGCGCUCCUCACCUGUAGAUCUGGCUUUGAAAUAAUAUGGCACUUUUCUGUAAGUUGUUGGUAAAAGCUAAUGUAAUCAGACCUACAGUGUAUUUGUGGGUUUAAAUCUAAUGUUAAUGUUACUGACGUCUCAUUUCCUACCCAAACUCAGUCUGUGUAAUUAGUCAGCAAAAUACCAAGAGCCUAGGGAUAGAAACUAUUCACACAAACCUGCUUGCAUACCCAAAUUAAGUGUGUACAUGUCAUCAAGAUGUAAUCCAUAUUGUGAGAUGAUAAAUAACAUAUUCCAAUGCCUCAAUCCCUCAUAAAGCACUAACUGUUAUUACAUUUGGCACAACAGAGCUCAUCACUAAAAGGGCUCCUCACUAUUGACUUACUUUUCCAAAUCAGUUAGAUGUUACAGUAGAAGAUAAACAAAGGUACAUGUAGUAUGUUAUACACCACAGAAACGUAUAGCCCUACAUGAACUUUUGAUAAAUGUUACAGAUGUGCUUGGAGUAGAACUGCUAAUUGUGAAGAAUUCUUUUCUAGCAAAAUAUUUUAUUGGAAUAUUUUUGGUAUUUUGGAGAAUAUGAUUCUGUAUUUGAGAGGGUUGAAACUGAACAGGAAGCUACAGCUAACAGUCAUUUAGCUUAGCAUAAAGGUAGAAAACACAAACAGCUAGCCCAGCUGUGGCUGUUUGACAAAACUCCAUUGAGUACAUAUAUGGAUGUAUACGGAUACAUCCAUUUAAAAUUGCCAGUAACAGCGAAAUUUAAAGAUAGCAAGAUUCACCCAUUUUCAUAAACUUUUGUCAGAAUUGUGUAAACUGUUUUGCUUUUUAUGCAAGAUAAGCUAAUUAGCUGCUAGCUGUAGCCUAAUGUUUCUCAUAAAAAUUGGAAACCAUUGUGUACAUUGCUUGGCUAGAAAACAAGUAACUAAUAAGCAUAUUUCCCCAAACUAUGCCGAACUAUCCCUGUAAAUCAAACUUUUCAAUCAAUUUCUAGUCCAAAAAGAACUUGUGCACUAAUAUUGAUGCACUCCCGCUCACUUUAUCUAUAGUUAGCGUACUUGUAGUGUAGCAUUAACCUGUAAAUAAUGUUAAAACGUGUUCCUUGUGAUUAAUUCCUCAUGUUUACAUUGGGAGAGUCAGCUGAAUGUUCCCCCACGUGUCUUGGUUGGUACUACCGAAAGUUGGAAUUUGUGGAUAAGCUUUUGUAAAUGUGAUAAGCUGUUUUUUUUUUUUGUUUGUUUGUUUUUUUUUCAUUUAUUUAAACAUCGUAAGCACCUUAGUAUAGUGUCAUGUCAUAGCCCACCCUUUUUAUGCUUAAACUGCCAUGGUUAAAUGAUUACGGCCACAUCAAGUGUUAUUUGAGAAUGGUACUUUGUUUUCUUCUUCUUUUUCUCCAUGUGUCAGACACAUGUUUUGUACUUUUAUUUGCUGCUUUUGUACAGGGUCCAGUUUGAGACUGGCCCUUUAAAUGAAAAGACUAGAGCUGUAGAAUUGUUAAACAUAUUCUGGCUCUGAUAAAGCCAAUGUAGCCUUACUGGACGGAGAGUUCCAGAGUCAGAAAUGAGCUACAGCAAAUACACAGAAACAAACAAACAAACAAAAAAGGAAACAUGAUCUAGUUUCAGGAGGUAACAGCCAACUCUUUAUCCUGGUCUGGUCAUUAGUACAUGGGGCUACUGAAUGUUGUUACAGAGGAGAAAAGAUACCCUGUCAAUGACACACACACACACAAUGACUGUUGCGCUCUUGUGGCAACUCAGUAAACUGCACUCUGCAGUUUUACACUAACUAAGCCUUUCUGAACGUGGCAGGUCUGAUAAUAAUCUCAAGAGCACAUUAUCAUUCAUAGUGUUUCUGUGAUUGUUACAAAAGAAACCCAUAUUUUGGGAUCAUAAAAAGGCUUAGAGUAAUACUCUUCCCACUUCACUGUUUUGAGAAGCACUAGCCCAAGAGACAAUACUGCGAUACUGUGGUUGUAGUUAGUGAUAUUUCAUUGUAUUUGCCUUAUAUUUGGAGGGAUUUGAAUGUUUUUUGUUAUGGAUAGUGAUAGAAGAAUAUGGUAAAAGAGGAGAAAUAGUAGGUAAUACUACUGAUUUAUGCACUUUGAAUUUGAUUGCCACACUAGCCCAUAAUGUAUCCAUAAAACAAAUGGCAAACAGAUGGAAUAUAAGUAGCAGAGAUGUGUACUGGGAAAAUUCCAGUUAAAACAAGUCCAAAGGCUGUGUUUUUUACAUUUAAAUGUGGAUUUUGAUGACAAAAAGUAAUGUGCACAUCACAGUCUCUGUUUGAUUUGUUCAGAUUUGAUAAAGGUUGAGGUUAGUUCGUGGUAGAGCUGAGUUGCUGUGGCAGAUCAGGGCCUGACCUGUGUUUUGUUUCCCAGAAUAACUCUGUGGAUCAUUUGCUGUGGUGUGGCAUGCUGCACAGUUAGAUAACUCAACUGUGAGGAGUCAGUUAAGUGUCACCCUGUGUUAAACAUGUUAUUGUGCAGUAUAGCUGUAUUUCAGUGUGUGCCACUUUCAUUGCAUUUGUAACUUGUCCCUCUGGGUGGGUACAGCUACAUAUGUUUCUGAUUGGUUUGUGUACUGAUCACUAGAAAGAGAAAUUAAUAUGGGUCUAAGGAGAGGCUUGUUAUGUGACUUUUCAUGCAAUAAGUAAAGGAAGGUGCCAAAUUAAUUUAAAGACAUAAAUUAUUGCGAGCACUUUAUUCCAAAACAUCUAGUAGAGUUUUAAAGCUGACAAAAUAUCAGUGAUUUUAAAUUUGAAGCUUCAAACGACAGAUUUUACCUUUUAUUUUGAAUGUUCCAAGUUCAUCACAAAAAUAUGCAGUAUUUGCUAAAAUUAUAUCCUAUUCAGUCUGGAAUAGCACAUAGAGCAAGGGGACAUAAAAAGUGUUUAUUGAAAAUGUACAAUUAUUGUACAAUAUAUAUGUCAGCUUAAAACAUAACAGUUGAAUCUGCCUUAUUAGUAAUGACAUGAUAUAUAUUAAAUAUAAUCCAUCACAGAUACAGUUAUAGGUGGAUCACAAUAAGGAGGCCAAGAUUUACCUGGAACCAAAACUAUUGGUUUUCACAGUAUUCUAUCUGGAUCUGGGUGUAAAAAUAAAGUCUAUAGAAAACAGCAGUUGUUCGCUAAUCAUUUUGACGUGGAUUGUUUAGUGAAUAAGUCUUCCAUAAAUCCAACUGUAGAAGAGAUGAACCCUGUGUCUGGCUUCAUCUGAACCACAGUUUGUGGUGCAUGAACUGAGAUUUGUGAUUCCUGACAGCCCAUAAAUCCUGAAAAAGGAUGAAACGGAUUGAUUUAUAGUGGUUAUUCUUUCUUAGAACAUGUUAUAAAGAUAAGUGGCAGUGAAAGAAGGGAUGUUUUGCACAGUGUAUAGGAUUCCUACAUUCUAGGUGAGUAGACUUUCUGUCUCUUAAUUAGCCAAAUUCUCCUUUACUACAGCCAAAGGCUUGUAUUAGAUUAGGUAAAGGUGGACCUGCCCUUGUCCUCUAAUGAGGGUUUGUCAGUGAUUAAGUUGGUGUCUAGACGCCACAGUGACUGUUUAUUCUGCAUUGCACUUGCAAGGCAAAUGUUUGUCACAAUAAAAUGAUGAGAUUGGUAGUUUGUAUAAAGCAGUGAGUGCUCAUGGGAUGGCCAACUUGGCUCUCUAGGGGGACUUGUAGUUUUAAGGCUUUAUCUGCUAGAGCUUAACCUUGUAUCCAAAAGGAUUUGAUUCUGUGACCUUCAGCUUGAAGGGCAGUGUUGGGUUUGAAGCUGUAGUAUUGUAGUAAAAAGUACUACAUCUCCAUAAGGACAGUGAGGAGAAAGUAUUGUGUGUAAAGAUUUAAAGAAAUAUGUUUCUCUUUUAAAGAGGAAUUCUUGUUUUGUCAUUUUAAUGGGGAAUUGAGGAGCAGCUUUGUUUUUAUGCCCUCAUUUUGGAUGCAAACAAGAAUAUGAAACUGAAAAACAAGUUUUGUUGGUUGUUUUGCUUGUGGAAGUUUGGUUAACUAAUGCAUUAAUUUGACAGAGACUUCUCCCUUUUGGGCAAAGAUAUAUCUGUGAUGGUAACCAUAGGCAACUUGCCAUAGAAAAUUCAGAGAUGUAUUAGAAUUAUCCACACACCCUGUUCAUUUUCCAUACUUACUCAUAUUGCAGCUGUGUUAAAGAAAUCAUAAUGUGUACUGUUAUUCUCUGAUUCUCUACUUUAUAAUGUAAACACUAUGUCUUAGUUAACUCUGGUGUACAAAGACCAUGUGUAGGCAGUAGUUGUCAAGUUCAGCUAUAUUAUAAAUACUAAAACAGUAAAAGGACAAUAGUGUCUAGAGGUGCUAUUAACAUUAGACUGUAUUUUCUGUCUUUUAUUGUAUUAUUGACUAGUGUUUACUGUCUGUAACACAGCAGAGCGUAAUGAAAUCAUUUCAAUAUUAAACAGUAUAGAUAUAUUAUUGCAAAA